CGAAUUUAUAGUUAAACUUAUAUAAUUAUAAAAUAGGGUUAAUUUCACUGUAUGUCCCUAAAUAAUAAUUCAAAUUUUAAAAUGAUCUCAAACUUCAAAAUAUUAAGAUCGUAUUAAUUAGGUUUUUCUUUUACCAUUAGCUUAGACACAUGUAUGUAUCUUAUGUUAUGAAUGAUAAGACUGAGGUGUUCAAAAAAAGAAAUAGGCCUAAUCGGUACAAUACAAAUAUUUCGAAGUUCAAUUAAAAUGUUUUGAAAUGUGAGGAUCAACUUAAAAUUUGAGAAAUAGUUUAGGGAAAUUGGUGUAAUUAACCCUAUAAUAUAUCUUUUUCAACCUAUUUAUUUGCAUGCAUUGGUUCUAAAGCACAUCCCAUCGCCAUUUAUACCACUCUGCCAUUCUUUUUCUAUCAUUGCUACGUUGAUCAUUUCUUUACCAAAGAGGAGGGGUGCUUUUGUGUGCUUUGUUCUCACUUUUCACUUUCACCAAUGGCUCUUUCAGUCGAUAAAACCUCCGGCGGCCGUGAAUACAAGGUGAAAGACAUGUCUCAAGCCGAUUUCGGCCGUCUCGAGAUCGAUUUAGCCGAGGUCGAAAUGCCUGGUCUAAUGGCAUGUAGAACUGAAUUCGGCCCUUCUCAACCUUUCAAAGGAGCCAAAAUCACCGGUUCACUUCACAUGACAAUCCAAACCGCCGUCCUCAUCGAAACCUUAACCGCAUUAGGAGCCGAAGUCCGUUGGUGUUCUUGCAACAUUUUCUCAACCCAAGACCACGCCGCCGCCGUCAUCGCUCGUGACUCCGCUUCUGUAUUCGCUUGGAAAGGCGAAACUCUCCAAGAAUACUGGUGGUGUACCGAGAAAUCCCUCGAUUGGGGUUCCGGUGGUGGACCUGAUUUGAUCGUUGAUGAUGGUGGGGAUGUUACGAUGCUGAUCCAUGAAGGGGUUAAAGCAGAGGAAGCUUAUGAGAAAACCGGGAAGGUACCGGACCCGACGUCGAGCGAUAACGCUGAGUUUCAGAUCGUAUUGACGAUAAUUAAAGAUGGGUUGGCAGCAAAUCCGAAGAAAUAUACGAAGAUGAAGGAGAGAUUGGUUGGUGUUUCUGAAGAAACCACGACUGGGGUUAAAAGGCUUUAUCAAAUGCAGGCUAAUGGAACCUUGUUGUUCCCUGCUAUUAAUGUCAAUGACUCUGUCACCAAGAGCAAGUUUGAUAACUUGUAUGGUUGCCGCCACUCUCUUCCUGAUGGUUUAAUGAGAGCCACCGAUGUUAUGAUUGCCGGCAAAGUCGCCGUUGUCUGCGGUUACGGUGAUGUCGGCAAGGGUUGUGCCUCAGCCUUGAAACAAGCCGGAGCUCGUGUCAUCGUGACCGAGAUUGAUCCAAUCUGUGCCCUUCAAGCUCUCAUGGAAGGACUCCAAGUCCUAACUCUUGAAGAUGUUCUACCAACAGCUGAUAUCUUUGUCACCACAACAGGUAACAAGGACAUCAUCAUGGUUGAUCACAUGAAGAAGAUGAAAAACAACGCCAUCGUUUGCAACAUCGGUCAUUUCGAUAACGAGAUCGACAUGUUAGGCCUCGAGAAUCAUCCAGGUGUCAAACGAAUCACCAUCAAGCCUCAAACCGAUAGGUGGGUAUUCCCCGAUACCAAGACAGGUAUCAUCGUGUUAGCCGAAGGGCGUCUCAUGAACUUAGGAUGUGCUACCGGUCAUCCUAGCUUCGUGAUGUCUUGUUCGUUCACGAACCAAGUGAUUGCACAGCUCGAGCUAUGGAAGGAGAAAUCAAGCGGAAAAUACGAGAAGAAGGUAUACGUUUUGCCGAAACAUCUCGAUGAGAAAGUCGCUGCUCUUCACCUUGGGAAACUUGGGGCUAAGCUCACUAAGCUUACCAAGGACCAAGCUGACUACAUUAGUGUCCCAAUUGAGGGUCCUUAUAAGCCUCCUCAUUACAGGUACUGAGGAGAGAAUUUAAGGCAGAAUCAAUAACGAAAACGGUACAUUCCGACGAUUCCAUCGUUUGCAUAUUUUCAUCUGAAUUAUUGUUAGAUUGUUAGGUUUUUGAUUAAUGUAGGAGUUUUUGUUUGGGUCAUGGGAAAGUUUUGGGGGUAAUUGUCUUUCAUUGGGAAAGUUUUAAAUAAGGUAUUGGGACAGUGUGGUAGAUAAAAUCAUAAUAGUUGCCAUUGAUGCAGUUAUAUUGCAUCUGAUCCAUUUAUCAAUUAAUUAUAUAUCCAAAAGAAGUAAUUUGAUUUCACUUGUUUAUUAAA